AUGUCUUCACAAGGUGAUGACUCGUUACGGUCAUUCUGGCUGACCAUUGCACCCGAAGAUGCUGCGGAGGUGCUGGAUUAUCCUAAACCGUGCGCAAGCGGAGCUCCGCUAAUAUCAAGCAACAAUUGCUGGCGGAGAUCGAGUGAGGUUGCGGAGUUGGUGGAUUUCCGCCGACUUUUCCUGUUCUGGACAAGAGCCCUGCUUAGCGCCCUACUUAGCGCCCUACUUACUUUGCGCUUCCUUAGUCAGCCAGCCCUCCCUUCAUCCAAAAAAGAAACACGGAGCAAAUAUCGCUCGUUUGCGAUGCAGGAUUCCUCCGCAGCUGUUAGCAAAAAUGGCUGGCUCCCGCAGAAAAGUCUGCUCUUCGUGUAUCAAGGCCAAGCGCCACUCCGAUUUGCGCGCCCCACAAUGCAAGCGGUGUGCUACCAGGGGCUUGACUCUACCUAG